UCCCUCUACUCUCAUCUGUCACCUCACUUGUGUUUUCCUCAAGCACUGCGGACAGAAAACGCUGUGCGCGGAGCUUUAUAAGACACGGCACGAGGAGGAUGCGGACCGCCGGGGUUUGGCCAGCGACCGUCACUCUCCUGGUCCCCUGGGACUGAAUUUCGGUCAAAAAUAUUGAAUGGGCGUUUGUAUCCCCGUCUCCGCUGAUUUCCGUGGAUACCUGCUCGGAUAUUGUGUGACAAGGCUUCAGGAUGAAGAGGAUGAACCCUCGCUGGAAGUCGCCACCCAUGUGGCCGUCCGUAGUGGGCAGCAGACAGCCCUGUCCCCGUGAAUCUGCUCUGCGUAAGGCAGCCAUUAGUGGGAACGUCCUUGCACUCCCACCGUUCCAUGUACCCACGGGCAGGAGUGUCCGGGUCUUCAUCUGUGCCAACCCUGAUGAUACAGAAGCAGAGAGAAAUGCUCUGAAAGAACAUGUCUAUCCCAAACUACGAGACUUCUGCAGGGAGAACUAUGGCAUUGAAUUUCAGGUGGUGGACCUGUACUGGGGCAUUGAUCCAGAGGAGUGGGAUAGUCCGGAGCUGCAGAGACUACGGAUGAAACUACUGGAAGAAUGUCUGAAGACUGCAGCCGGUCCAUGCUUUGUUGGGCUCAUUGGUGAGAAGUACGGCAGCAUUCGGGUCCCAGGAGAGGUGGAGUCAGCCGAGUUUGAGAUGAUCUUGGAUGUGGCGGUGGAGGCGGGACUAGACACACGGAUCUUGGAGGAGUGGUACUGUCGGGAUGAGAACUCGGUCCCGCCUGCCUACUACUUAAAACCGAAAGCUGAGAUGCUGAAGAACUACCAGAACUCUAUGGAGUCAAGCAGCAUAGCAAAGUCAAAGAACGACAAGGCAUGGAGGGCAGUCUCAGAGGAAAUCAAGAGGAUCUUCAGAACUUCUGUUUUACAGCUGCAGGAGAAGGGGACCAUGAAGAGCGAUCAAGCCAAGAAAUUCCUCUGCUCAGCAUUAGAGGAUGAACUGGACUUCGCAUUAGGAAAGCAGACCCCUGCCUUCCUCAAGAAAUGUGUAUGUUACAUCCGGAAGAUAUCCAAUUUUGAUCGUUUCGCUAAACUCCCUGAGAUGGCACGCUACAUGGACAUCGUUGUGAGCGACGACCGUGUCAUGAGAAACCAGGAAGCCUACGAGCGUCUUCUGAAGGUCAGAGACGAGUUUGUUCCGAUGGUGGUGGCAGCAUCCAAUCUUCGAGUCUACUCAUCGGUCACUCACUGUGACAUGAAACUUGGCUACUCGCAGGAAGUAGAGAGCCACUACGUCGAAGGUCUGUGCAAACAGUUUUAUGAAGACAUGGUGGAUAUCAUCCAGGCCACGGUCCAACAGAACUUUGACACGGAGACGGAUACACUCUAUGACGAAACCAUACAGCAUCUGUCGCUGUGCAAGACAUUUUCAUCUUUUUAUGUGUACAAGAGUGAAGCCUUGGAUAUAAUCCAGGAGUACCUGUUACCCUCUAAAGGUGGUCGAAUAACUCCCCUAGUGGUGUAUGGAGGACCCUGCACUGGAAAGACCUUGUUACUUGCUGAAGUUGCAAAACAGGCCUAUUCGUGGCUACAGAAAGAGAUGGGGCCAGAAACAGACCCAGUGGUCAUUGUCAGAUUCAUCGGCUCCACCGACUUCUCUGGUGACCUCCGCACCCUGCUACAAAGCAUCUGUGAGCAGAUUGCCAUCAACUAUAGGUGCCUGAUCCAUUUCUUGCCAAACAAGAUCCAGGAGAUGAGGGAACUGCUAGUGAAUUUGCUCGGGGAGUCAUCAUUCCACCGACCUCUUGUCAUCAUUCUGGAUGCCUUGGAGCAGUUGUCAGAUGUUGACGAGGCCCGAAAGCUGUGGUGGCUGCCUGUCCACCUACCACGUACAGUCCGAAUUGUAGUGUCCACCCUGCCCAACAAGCAUGGAAUACUGCAGAAACUACGUUGCAUGAUACAUGACGAGGAUGGUUAUGUUGAACUGAUGCAAAGAGAUCGCAAAGCUUGCAGUCAGACACUUAAACAGCAGCUUCUGAGUGUCAAAAGGAAGGUGACCUCUGGCCAACAGAUAUAUGUGAAUGAGGCAAUGGCUAAAUGUACACUGCCCAUGUUUGUCAAUCUCAUCUACCGAGAGGUAGUUCACUGGCGGUCGCACAAGGAUGUGGAUGACAAAUCUUUGUGUUCCACAGUGCACGAAAGUAUUGAGCAGCUUUUCUACUCUAUCGAAAACAAGCUUGGCUCACGCUUUGUCUUUCGGGCACUGGGCUACAUCACGAUGGCACGGGCAGGCCUGACUGAGUUGGAGCUAGAGGAUAUUUUAUCUUUGGACAACAGUGUCCUUGGGGACAUCAUGGUGAGCUCUAAUCUUAAAAGCCCGCUGCGUAUUUCUUACGAUUUCAUAGCCCGGCUAAAGGAGGAACUUGAAGGUUAUUUAGUGGAGCGUCAAGUCCGCAAUGUAACACUAAUGGUGUGGGCAAAUCGCCAUCUGCAUCUCAUAGCACAGAAGCUAUACCUUAGUAAUGAAGAAGAUGUGCAUCAAAUGCAUAGCCUUUUGGCUGAAUACUUCCUUGGGGCUUGGGCAGGUGGUAGAAAGAAGAUAUUCCACUGCGACAAUAAUCAUUUAGCUUCACUGAAUAUCUCCCAGCAUCGAAACCCUCAUCAACAGCAGAGCCUUCAUGGCCAUGACAAAGCUUCUGCCGACAAGCACUCUUAUGACAGACAGACACCAGAACAACCCUGGGUGUUCCAGUGCAACUUGCUGGAGCCGGACAUCUUCUUUGUCAACCAUCGAAAGAUGACAGAGCUCACAUACCACCUGACAAGGAGUGGCCGCACAGAUGAUCUCAUGUAUGGUGUCAUCAUGAACUUUAGCUGGCUCUACACUAUGAUAAAGAUAGGGCAGUUUGACAAGGCCCUGUCAGACAUCGACCUAGCGUACAGCUACACACAAGAAAAGGAGCUAAAGUUUCUUGCAACUACUCUUCGCAGUAUAAAGCUCAAAGUGACAAAGAAUCCUGCGUCACUGUCUGCAGAGCUACAGCAAAGGCUCCUUCCGGUAGUCACAUCCCUUCCCAAGCUCAGACACCUACUUCUUGAGUGUGAUAAGGACGGUCCUAAAUACUGCUCCAUUGUGCCACUGCAUUCUUCCAUGGAUGUCACCUACAGUCCUGAGAGAUUACCACUCUCUUCUAGCUACAUGCAAAUUGUGGAGAUCCUACCUACAUUAGCUCCAAACAUAGUCAUCGUGGCCCUCGAGGAUGGAUCCGUCAGCACAUGGGAUGUUGAGAGUAGACAGCUGCUAAGACAGAUAGACACAGCAAGGUCAGUUGUUCUUGGCAUCAGGUUAACCACAGAUGAGAAGUAUCUGGUAGUGGCCACUACAAAAAAUACACUGCUCAUUUACGACAACCACAAGUCCUGUUUGUUGUCUGAGGUCGAGAUAAAAGGAUCCAAGCACUGUGGCAUCACCGGUGGGCUGGCGUUCAUCAAUGGAUUCACCUUGUCCAGCCACCAUGCCUUAGCUUGGUUGGAGGCAAGCAAAGACGUCAAUGUGAUUGAUUUGCUCUAUGGCUGGCCUUUGUAUCAGUUUCAUUGCUGGUAUGAGGUAACCUGUGUCCAGUGUUCCCCAGAUGGAAUGUAUGCUUUCUGCGGACAGUAUCUCAACACGACCACCAUAUUCCACCUUGGGAGUGGGGACAAGCUUGCCACAAUGACUUCUGAAUUCUCUGGUGGGUUUGUUAAGUCAAUCCUGAUUCUUGACACAAUCAAUCAAAUGGUGAUGAUUGACAAUGAGGGCAGUCUCUCCGUGUGGAACACCAAAGAUGUCACAAAUCCCAAGCUAAUGGAGGAUUAUGACUGCAGAGGAGAUGAGAGUGAGGUGGUGGGCAUAGAGCUCUCAGAGGAUCAGCGAUCCAUCCUCAUCUGCAAAGCAAGUAGCAUUGAGGUGCUGGACACCAAGAUUUGGAAAAUGGCAGAGAAGUUCAAGGCCAAGCGAAGUGAAAAGUUUGUGGCGGCUGUUCUCUCCAAGAAUAACCAAAGUAUAAUAGCCUCCAUGGAGAACACAUCAUCCAUAUUUGUGUGGAGGAGAGACAGUGGGCAGUGCAUGGCCAGCUUGAUAGAGAUAUCCGGAGCCAUUGUAAAGCUGAUCAAAUCAACACACCAUAACUUGCUGCUGUCUGUGGCCAGCAGUGGCGUUCUUUCUGUGUGGGACAUAGACAUUAUAACAGCCAUGUCGAACAUUGAUAAAACCGGAAAACCUAUCCAAAACCUGCAGCUCUCUGGCCGAGAGGAUUUUGUAUACACCACAGAUGGGUCAGAGGUCAUACACAAGUGGAACUACAGCACGGGUUUCAUUGAGAUGGUGUUCAAGCAUGAAGGACUCGUUGACAACUGCGUCCUGACGACGUCAGGUGACCUAAUGGUGACAUCUGAUGAUAAAAGUAGUCAGUACAUCUGGCAUACGACCACAGGUGAGAAUAUAUUCCGUAUCAACGGCCAGAGAAUCUCACAGCUUCUCAUCACGCACAAUGAUCAGUUUGUUGUGUCCCUCUGCGAGCAGAACGCCUCUCGUGUUUGGAGACUCGCCACUGGUCACAAGGUAUGCAACAUUCUGGUAACACUCCAGCAAGCCCUCAUUACCACAGCAAACACGUUCCUUGUGGGCGCCAACAAGAAUAAGAUGUUAGCUGUUAGCUUGUGGUCAGGUAGUGUUUCCAAAAAGUUUAUCUGUGACGAUGGGAUCACAAUUGUUAAUUUCAAAUUAAUCCCUGACAGUCCAGAUUUUGUCGUCUUCAUCACCUCCAGCGAAACGGUUUUCAUCUGGAGUGUCGCUGAUGAGUCUGUUUGUAGGCGGGUGCAGCUGCCCAGCAACUUCUUAAAGAACCUGGAAGAUUUCCAAAUAUCACCAAAUGGAAAGUUGGGCAUUGUGUCGAAAGGUGAUGAGAACAUCAAUGUUCUAGACCUGCACAGUGGUAAACUGCGUCUGGUCCAUGCUGCUGGCAUAAUAUGGCGGCAAAAGCUCUCACGGGACGGACGCUACCUAGUGUACAUCUGUUUCCGGAAUUGCGAUGAAGAUGAUGAUGCAGGUGUGGUUUCAAGUCUGAUUGUCAUGAGAUUGGCAGACGGUAAGAGCAUCGGGACCUGUUCCCUUUACAAAACACCAACCUAUCUGUGCCUAUCACAGCGAGCUCUUAACAUCAUUGUGGGAUUCGAGGAUGGCAGUAUUGGCACCUACACAGUUGUAGACCGUGUGGAUGCCGCUCUAAAAAUCAAAAUCGCCACCUCAAACAGUCGGCAAAUCGUUAACAAUGCCUCACAGAAAGUACGACCCAAGUGUAGCACCAAUGCCUUCAAGACCAUUGCUGACUGUGUGUGGAGAGAAUCCACUGAGGUUUUCUCUCGGGACAGUCCUAUCAAUGUGUCUGACAGUGGGGAGCCAGAGACCACAACACCCACAAAGAAAACUGAACUGCUGCAAUGAGAGCCUCUGUAGGACAUUAUGGGCAUGAAGGAACUAGGCCAGGUUUGAAUAGGUGAUUAUUGUUUACAGCCACUUUGAUUCAGCUGCACAACACACAGCAGCUGGCCAAUAUCUAUUAAACUGCACUUAAGCUGCAAUCGGUCACCUUGAUUUCUCUUAUUUAUCAUCAACUUACUGUCUUGAAGAAUUCAAUACCAUUUCAAUAUCAAUAUCAACACAUUUGAAACCGAUGCCAUUCAUUGCAAAAGUCCAGUCGGCUUUAUGAUAUGUUCUUCCUUCUCAUGUGUAUGCCAAUGUGGCCAUAUAGUUCAGAUUUUGUAUGAGUUUAGUCAAAUCAAGCCAUAAUGUCACUUUAUACAGAAGCAUAGAGAAAUGUAAUACAUUUGUAGCCAUAUAAGUGUUGCUGCCUUUUUCCCGCCUUUUUGUUUGAAAAUGUUCAUCAAUGAACAUUUUUUUUAAACUGUUUAUUAAUGUCCUCUGGUACUGUACUUAAAUGGAAACUUGUGUACAUAUGUGUACAUAUGUAUUUUGGCUGCUGCAGUUUGUGCAACUACUUAAAAAUGCUACGUUGUGCUAAAUGCAAUCAAAGUGAGUGCCUGGAUUUUAACUUUUUUUUUUGUUUUUUUUUUUUGUUACAGAAACUGAUAAAGAGAAAAUUGCAGGGAAUUUCUAAACAAAAAUACCUUGAUACAAAUAUUCAUCAUUACGAUUGUUACAUACAAUAAACGAGUAACAAUGUUAUGUGAAACAUUCAGCAUACAACGAAUACGAAUUUGAAAUUACAGCAUCCAAAUGAGGAUCAUUGGAAAUUAUAUUUCAGUAUAGUACAUGUAUGGUCUGGAGUCAUUAUGAGCUUCUAAGUAAAUUCAAUAUGCGUUCUCGAGACAUACUCUGACCGGAGUGGCAUGAAAGUCCAUAUGUGGCAAUUGCUCUAAAUGACAGACAGUAUUCAAUCAUAUUUAAUUAUUUAUCAAUGCCAAUAAUUACUGUCACUCUACCUUGCUGAUGAUAUAUAUAUAUAUAUAUAUAUAUAUAUAUAUACAUCACACACACACAAGACUGACAAAGUCUAAUAUUAAAGGGGAAAAGGAUAUAUAUAUAUGUUCUUUGAACCGGCAAACUGAUAUUGAGAAGGUCAUCGCCUGACUUGACAAAAUCCAAGAUAAUAACACUUUUAAUGCUAUUACUUUUAAAGAAAGUGUAUCUUAUUGCAUCAAAAGAUGGUACAACUGUACCAAGCUACAAAUGGCAAGUUUUGAUUUGAGGACUAAACCACUAUUGAAGAGUCAUGUGUAGCAUCUCACCAAGUAGUAUCUACGCCUUAACAGUUGGGUCAUCUUAUACAAAGGUGUAUUUUGUUAGUGUUAGCUUAUGUUCUUUGUGAGGUAAAGGUUGAAUGUGUGCUUGAAAAAAAAUAAUACUUUGUACUUUCAUGUUAUAGGUGACUUAGAGAUAUUUAUGAAUCUAUUUAUAAAUGGUGUUUGCCAAGGCAGUGUUUGGUGGUUGCACUUUAUUUUAAACGGGUUGUUCACAGAGGUUUACUUUCAAUAGGCGUCACGAAUGCUAACUAUACUGUUUUUGCCUUCAGUUCUCUGGCAUGUCGCAAAAGAAAGUAAUUUUAACAAAACGAUCAGCCAUGCCCCAUUCAAACUCUUCUCUCCAUAACUCAAGGGCUAUUCCGUCAAAUUGUAUGUUUACCUCUGGAAAUACUGACACAUACACAAUACUGGCCCAUUCACAACCCACAACCUGUAGCAGUAUUCAGGUGUGAUUAGCCUAUCCUGCUUAAGUGUUUAUAAUCUAUAGAUAUCAUACGAUAUUUGCCAAAGUUUUAUUUAUUUUUUUAUUUCAUUAUUAUUAUUUGUUUUCAGAAUGUUAAAUGGUGUUGUGACCUGGCUUUGUUGUGUUUGCUAGCAUAACUAUGAAAAAGAACAUGCAUUAUCUUUGCUAAGAUAUUGACAAAGUCCAUCUCUAUUAUAUUGGAAUGCCAGUUUUAGAGUAUAUCUGAAUGUGUCGAUAUGAGAGCAGUUGAACAGUAUAUUAUAUGUUAUGUAACUUGAAUGACUUUUAACUACAUACAUGUUUGCAAAACAUAGUUCACAUACUGAUAUUGAAUGUGUUUAUUGUAUUAUUUGUAUUGUCAAGAUUGAAGAUCCCUGUUUAGAGAUAUAUAUUUUCAUAAAUGUUGUACUUACAUUUUGUUACAAAGUAGAAGAAAAUAGAAAAAAAAUGUGUCUGAAAGCAAUAUGACUUAGUGUGUAUGCAUUGUUUGUAUGGAACAUUUUAAUGUAAUAAAAUGGUUUUCUUUCUGCCUAUAAAAUCUUGUUACUUGGG